GGUGCAUUGCAUGGAAGGCUGAAAAUGAAGGAAAUAACUGAUGGGGGCGGGAAAAAAAUCUUUGAUCAGACCAUAGGAAUUAACAUUCGCGGGAGCAUACGAUCCAACACUCUUAACGCAAACACGGGGGAAGACUUGCCCAUUGAUGGAACGACUUUACGGAAGUGCCGGACCAUUUAUUUCAAGCGAAAUUGACCAAAUUGGAGCGUAGUCUCUGACCACACGCCCGAUCGGUGAUCGGCCGCGCUACGCCUCGUAGCAUCAGUCAUCAACAGCAAUUUGAUCUCCACAGCAUAACAUCCGACCGAGGAGGCGACUUUUUCCUGGACCGUCACCAAAUCGAUCAAUUUAAUCUUCUUUCGACCUCUCUUUGUGUCCCUCCUUUGCCCUUGUUGUAACCCGUUGGUUCUUAUCUGAUCCGAAUCAACCCUACCGACUUUGUGUCGUCGGAUUUCUGGCCUAAUUCUCUCAUUUACCAAUCUCAAUUCGAUUUUGCAGCUGUCACCCGACCGGUCCAGACUUGGACCUUUCGCCUAUCAAUUCUAGAGCAACAUUUGAUUGAUAGCAAUUGGUGUCUAUACCGCACGAAAUCUCUUGGUGAUGGUCAAUUCUGUCGGCAACGUCACCGCCAUGGCGAACUCAACCGUCAUGUCGGAUUUGCCACCCCUUCCCAGCUACAGUCUCUCGCCGCUGCCCGACCUGUUGCCAUUCAUCUCCGACUUUUGGCUUCCCAUCAUUCUCCCACAUGUCGCAUACUGGAUGUUGUCGCUCUUCUUCCAUAUAAUCGACGUCUACGACCUCUUCCCCCAGUACCGUCUUCAUACCCCCGAUGAGAUCACUUCUCGAAACCAUGCCACCCGCACCGAGGUUCUCCGCGACGUUCUCAUCCAGCAGGUCAUCCAAACCAUAACGGCGGCAGUGCUGUCCGCCACCGAUGAGCCCCAAAUGGUUGGCGGUGAGGAUUAUGCCAUCGCCGUGUGGGCCACGCGCAUUCGCCUAGCUCAGCGCGCCCUUCCCACGAUACUUGGCGUCUUGGGUCUCAACGCCGCCGCCCUGUCCAAGAACAUGGCCUCGACUGGCCACACCUGGCUCGCUGGUGCGCUCGCCGGAGGCCACUACCCCGCAAUGUCGAACGAGUUCGUCACCGGUGCGACAACAGACGCUGCUUUCGCGGCGUGGGAGUUGGGCCUUGCCAAGGCUAUAUACUGGUUCAUGCUUCCUGCGCUUCAAUUCUGGUUCGCAGUCGCAUUCCUCGACACCUGGCAAUACUUUUGGCACCGUCUUAUGCAUGUGAACAAGUGGAUGUACACCAACUGGCAUUCUCGCCACCACCGACUCUACGUCCCUUACGCUUACGGCGCCCUAUACAAUCACCCGAUCGAGGGCUUCUUGCUGGACACUGCAGGAGCUGGCCUCGCCUACAAGCUCUCCACAAUGAGCCCACGGAUGGGAAUGAUAUUCUUCUGCUUCAGCACGAUAAAGACGGUGGAUGACCAUUGUGGCUACAAAUUGCCAUGGGAUCCGCUGCAGAGGAUCACGAGCAACAAUGCCGCCUACCACGACAUUCACCACCAGAGCUGGGGUAUCAAGACCAACUUUUCGCAGCCUUUCUUUACCAUCUGGGAUAGGUGGUUGAACACAAUGUACAAGGGUGAUGUCACAGACAAGUACGAGAGGGCCAAGAACGCCGCUGCUAACAAGGCGGCCAAAACUGCAUCUGCCAAGGCGCAGUAGAAGUCGAAAGCCCAAGUUUGAUAACCUGGGGCUUCAAAAUCGACAACCUUUUACAUUUCAUUUGUUGUUUUAAUUCUUUUCCAAUGGCUUCGUUCCAGCCAUUGGUUCUGCUUUAUUUUCACCUUACAAGACUUGGCUUGAUGUGGAGUGUGGGUGUGGGUAAUUUGGAUUUACCACGACCUCGACUAAGCUUGGUCUUCAACAGAUAUAUAUCUUACGGGCAUUGGGGGCGUUUCGAUCUCAUUUUUGACAGUUUUGGGAGUUCUUGUUCGUUUACUAUUGGUGGAGUAUUGGUACACAUAGACGAAAACCCAGGGAUCGGCUGAAGGAAUGUUCGGCUUGUAUGAUGAUUUGAGCGAAAGGAGACGCCGAAUGUGUCCCGGUAAAGACGCCUCUCACUCUUUGGGAAAUUCGCAAUCGCUAGUUGGAUCAGGCCCGGAUUUAAAUCCAGUUCACAGGUUUAUUUCAGCAGGCAAUGGGACUGUUUCGGAAUAUAUUAAUUGUAAUACCCAAGCACUCACUCCACUUCGUUCCCAAUGUGUCGGGACG